AUGGAAGCUCCGUACAACAACAGCCCAUCCUUUGCAAGUUCUCGAGCGACAUCAGCCACAUUUCCUCUCUCGAAGAGCUCUACCCGAAGCCAAGCGCAACCCAGUGACCGACAAUCCACACCGGAGGAACUCUCCGCAGUCAACACCCGCGAAAGCAGAACCAAUAGGCACUCCCGCCGCCCUAAUCGGUAUGGCUCAGAAGAUCGCGAAGUCUCUCCAAAGGGCGAAGCAUCACACGCUUCGUCUUCGUCACGACGAACUCGCCCGUCCCUUUCACCUCGACAACUUACUGAGCCCGCGGGAUACGAUGGCUCACGCUCCCACCGCCAUAAACACAGCAAGUCGCGGGAAUUGCGGUUCCCUCGUCAUAUGAGCCAUCUGGCUUCAUCGGCGAGUGCGAGAGGACUGUUGCCUACGUGGUCUGGUGGGAGGGACAAAGACCGUGAUGGGGAUGAUGGACUGUUGCGGCCGAUCACAAGGGAGACCACGAGGUCUAGAUGGGGAUCUGGCUCGACGAGUCUGGAUGGGAGUCGCAAAGGGAGUUUAUUUGACCCGCCUGAGCAAGAGCGCUUGGGGCCGAUACGACGGCAGGAGAUUCAAUCGCCGGAGGAUUUAGAUAGGGUCAAAAAGAGGAGGAAACAAGGUGAAGAGUAUCUACGGUCUGCGCUGGCUUCAAUUGGAACGUUGGCCACAGAUUUUACGCGUCGAUUGGACUACACCUAUUACAAUCUGCUUGAGAAAAUUACAGCUCUCAACUCGACCAUCUCGUCCUUCCAGGAACUAUCCGACUCUGCCUCGACGCUUCUCGGCAACUUUGAACGUGAAACUGCCGGGUUAGAUCAAGAUAUUCGAAAACAGAUUAGCGACCUCAAAGGGUUUGAACCGCAGAUUGAAAAAGCAGACGCGUUGGAUCAGCGCAUGAAAGCAGGCCGACAGCGAGUGGAAGAAUUAGGCAAGAGACUUGAGACCGUACGACACGAGAUUGAUAGCUGGGAACAGCGCGAAACCGAGUGGCAAACACGCACCAGUCGUCGUCUGCGUAUCUUCUGGGGCAUUGCAACUAGUGCAUUGCUUGUGCUUGUGCUCGCUCUCGUCCUCCAGACCUGGCCACCAUUCCACUCCCCCAACGCAGAAUUGUCACGUCUGACAGCGUUGAACCAAUCUUCUGUGCCACCCCAAUCCGAUACAUGGGAACCAAUCCUCGGUCUAGAUGGGAAAGGAAAAGGGUCUGCUGCAGGGGCCUCGCCGUACCCGUCCAGCCUUGCAGAUCGCCGCGAGAGCCUGGCAAGGGCUGGUCCUACUUCGACGGAGGUCCGGUCGGGACCCGAUGCAAUGCCUACAGAGCAUAAUCCGCUGAAAGUGUUGGAUGAAUUAUGA